AAUUCCUUGCUCACAUUAUUCCGACGAUCUGAAUGAGAUAUACCGCAUACUAGUGUUUAUGACAAAAUGAGUCCACAAGACGAUGGCACCACAGAUGAGCCUGUCAACAGGGAACCUCCAGCGGAGCAACUAGUACAAAGGUAAGUAGGCUAGGCAAUGAAAGGAAAGGCAGAGGAUCAGGACACUCGGAGAAGGCUGAUGAUGGAGUGGUUGAUCGAUCGAUCGAUUGAUUGAUGAUUUCUUGUAAAAAGCUUCCUCACGCCUUCGAAAAGCCACGACGCGUCGGGAGAACCCGAAGCAUACGACCGCAACCAUGGACCAAUACAGCACAUCGAUGCUUCGACGCACAAGGUGACCAUCAGGUCUGAACAGUCGAAUUUGAUGAAGUCGAGUGACGUUCCGCCCGAAGGCAUCGACGUGACUUUAAGCAUGGACGACCUUAGACGAAGAUUCGCCCAACAUACAGUCACAUGCGCGUUGCAAUGUGCCGGGAAUCGACGACACGAGGUGAGGAGCAGGGUGAAGGAGGUCACCGGGGUGGAUUGGGGGGAUGGUGCUGUCAUGAAUGCAGCUUGGACGGGACCCCUUUUACGUGACAUUCUCAUCGACCAAGGACUGAAUGUGAAAAGUGACCUAAAGUACCAUGACGGGUUACAUGUCCAGAUGGAGUGUAAUGCCACAAAGGUACAGGAUGACGAGUGGUACGGAUCCAGUGUGCCACUGGGCAUGGUCAUGGAUCCUGAGAGAGAGGUUGUUCUUGCUCUGGAUAUGAACGGUUCACCCCUUCCCGCGCGCCACGGCGCACCAGUCCGAGCAAUCAUCCCCGGAGUCAUCGGAGCCCGCAGUGUCAAAUGGCUGGACACGAUAGUCAUUUCUGCACAAGAAUCGCAAAACCACUAUCAACAGCACGACUACAAGGUGUUACCUCCCGAAGCCACGUCUCCAGAGAAAGCAGAGGACUUGGGAGUCUGGGACAAGACUCCGGCGAUGCAAGAUAACCCGAUCAACUCUGUCGUCGCCCUACCCUCCCACGACGGGGACGAGCUGAGACGAGACGGCAACGGUCGUGUACGUAUAGCCGGGUACGCUAUCCCUCAGGGUAAAGGGGGUCCCGUGGAGAGGGUACAGGUCAGUAUCGACCGUGGCGAGACUUGGAAGGACGCCACCGUCCUGGACGACGGAGACGAAAACACCACACAUCCCGCAAAUAAGGGCAAGGAAAGAGGGAAAUUCAGUUGGGUGUUGUGGGAGGUUGAGAUUGAGAUUGAUACCACCACCGCCACCACCACCACCACCACCAAGGCAACCAACGACACGAUAGAUAUCUGGAGUAAAGCUACUGAUCGUGCUGGAAAUACGAUGGAUGAGGAAAAUCCAAAAGGCAAUUGGAAUCUCCGGGGGGUCGGGUAUAACGCCGUCCAGGGUCGGAUAAAUAUCAAAAUCGUCUGAGUGAUACCGUGUUCAAUAUGAGGGAAGCAAACUUGUCUGCCUGCACGAGAUGUAUAUGACGAGUGUAUGAUUUAUUUUACUUGCCUACCCAAGGUACCUACCUACCCACUUACCUACCUUAGGCAAUUAUUCUGGUAAUGACACGAUGGGAUGAGAAUGAGCAUGCCGUACAGUAUGUCCGAGACGAACAAAUUGCAACUGCUGUUCCC